AAUCCAAUCCAAACCACUUUCUUACCACUCAUCAUUCUCAACAAAUUCGACCAUUAAACCAUGUCAAACGUAGCUCCAAACCCUAACAGCGGAAUAGGAAAUGCAAACAUCACACCACAGGUAUCUUCAGACCAACCUCUAAGUGAUACCAAUGCCACUUCAACGGGUGAAGAAAAAGUUGGAUUCAAAGCUCAAGUAGAAGGUUAUGCUAAAAAAUUCGCAGGCAAAACUUUUGGGAAUGAAAAAGAAGUAGCACAAGGUGAAGCUCGAUUGAAUGGUGAAGAUGUUCCAGGUACUACUUCAAAGUAAAUCAUAGGUGUACAAUUAUCCAAUUGGAGACAGUUUUCUCGAAUCUCGAGGUUUUCCUUGGGAAUCACUGUUUCAUUGUCUCAAGGCAUUUUCAUGUUGCGAUGACUAAUCUGUAAUGAUGGAAGCAAAUCAAGUGU